AGAAAUUCAUCUACAAAUGAAAAUUAUAAUACGUUGUAUUUCAUUAACAGGAUGUAAUUUAAGACAUUAUGGUUUGGAUUGUUCAAAAAAGUGCAGUGAGAAUUGUAUCAAGGAGAUAUGUAAUACAACAAAUGGUUCCUGUACAUUUGGUUGUAAAGGUGGAUUUUAUGGAAACUUAUGUAACGAAUCCUGUAGUAUAUCAUGUCCAUCUGGAUGCAACAGGUACACUGGCUAUUGCGAUGGGAUAUGUCCUGUAACCUACUUUGGACAUUUUUGUGAAAAAAUAUGCAACUCAAACUGUCUAGGUGGGUGUAAUAGGGAAACUGGCCUCUGCGACUUCGGUUGUAUUGACGGAAAAUUUGGUGAACUAUGUAACGAAACCUGCAGUAUUGGAUGCAAUUCUAUCUGUGAACAGGAAAAUGAAAAUUGUUCAUGUAAAGCAGAUUGGAAAGGAGAUAAUUGUGAUGAGGAAAGUCGGAAUCGCUUAAACAGCCAUCUUGAGACGUUCGUUGGGGUAGGAUUGGGAGUUGUUUCCUCAAUACUCAUAGUAGUUGGCAUAGUGUAUUGUAUUUUGAGGAUGAUAACACGUAAACGUCGGAGCUCUAAACAACAAAGAAACCACUCAAAUAAAGAUAUGGUUAUUUACGAAAAUAUUAAUGAAACAACUAACUUCGACAAAAGGGAUGACAUCCAAGAAUGUGUUUAUUGGAAUCAAUUUUCACCAAAUAAAAGUGCACGGAAUAACGAUGAAAUAUCGAUCAGUAGAGAUUCCAAUGUGGUCAAUCAUGGAAUAUAUGUUAAUGACACAAAUCAAAAUUCAGAAAGUAAAAUAAGUACAAGAGUUUGCGGAGAAGGAAUCAAUACAAACACACUUGUGGUAGAUGAGGAGGAUGCAUAUAUGGCCAUUCGUGGUUUCGAUCAGGAAGAAAACAUGUAUGAAGAACUCAAAAUAACGUAGUUACAUGUAGGACGGUUGCAAAUUUAAUUUUAUUCUCUCUUAUUUCUUUCCAUUUGCGACUGAAAUCUUCUAAGUAGCAUAUUUGUUUGACAAAUGGAGAAAAAACAUUAUGAUGAUUACAUGGUUGAAAAUUCAAUAUUUAAUUUGACAAAGAGAGAAAAGGGAUGCACAGAUAAAAUCGAUUUUUUGUCAAGGUGCGAAAAAUCAAUCACCUCAAAAAAUGACACUGGUCAUGUGUUGUAGAUAUUAAACCAAGCAAAGAUCUCUUCCAAUGUAUAUGUCCAUUCGCAAUACUGUAAAAUAAUAUAUUUUCGUGCGGUCAAAUAUUCGAGGU